AGAGAGGGGGGGGGGGUCGUGUGAGAACUCCGCCCGCCGCCGCCGCCGCGUCGGUUAGUCUCUCGAGUCGACCUACUACGCGGGCUGCUUGCGACGGUGGCGGACAUUUUGUGUCUCUCGGGAUCAUAUCGUCCCCUUCCUAUGCUGGCGGCGUCCCCUUCCCAUGCUGGUGGCGUCCCGUAGCGCCCAAGGAGCACGUCGGUCCCGUCAGGCGAAGCUUUUUGGAGCCUCUUCGGCGGCGGCCGUCGAGCUCAGCAGCGACAGGAUGCCGGGCAUGAUGGACAAAGGCUCCGAGUAUUUGGGCAAGGCUCGCUCCAACGGCACCAAGAGUCCUUCCAACGCGUCCAACGGACACUUGACGGACGAAAGCGGCAGCGACGACGAGCACGAUGUUGGCAUGCGGGUCGGAGCCGAUUACCAGGCAAACAUUCCUGAUUACGAGGCCGGCUCCAGCAAAUACUCUGAGCGGGACAGCGGCGGGAUGUUGGUAUGGUCGCCUUAUCAUGACAUCGAAGACGGCAAACUGGACGAGUAUAUCGCACUGGCCAAAGACAAGCACGGCUACAAUGUGGAGCAGGCCCUGGGGAUGCUCUUCUGGCACAAACACAACAUCGACAAGUCUUUGGCUGACCUCCCCAACUUUACGCCUUUUCCCGACGAGUGGACGGUGGAGGACAAAGUUCUCUUUGAGCAAGCGUUCAGUUUUCACGGCAAAAGUUUUCACCGCAUCCAACAGAUGCUUCCAGAUAAAUCCAUCUCCAGCCUGGUUAAGUAUUACUACUCGUGGAAGAAAACCCGUUCCAGAACCAGUCUGAUGGACCGCCAAGCCAGGAAGCUGGCCAGCAGGAGCAACCAAGGCGACAGUGACGAGGAGAUGGAGGAGGCCAACGCCGCCGAGCCAAACGACAGCGACUACGACCCCAACAAGGAAGCCAAGAAAGAGAACCCGGCGGAGCUGACCGCGCCUGCGGCGCCCACCGCCAAGUCGGUCCCGGGCCGGCGGGAGCACCAGACGCUGCAGCACCGCCACCAUCAGCGCUCGCGGUGCCGCCCCCCCAAAGGCAUGUACCUGAGCCAGGACGACGUGGUGGCCGUCUCCUGCGGCGCCGCUGCCGCCAACGCGCUCCUGCGCCAGCUGGACAUGGAGCUAGUGUCCCUCAAGAGGCAGGUUCAAAACGCCAAACAGAUGAACAGCGGACUCAAGCACGUCUUGGAACGUGGAAUCGAGGCCUUCCGCUUGCCCGAGAGCGCUCAGAAGGUGAACGCUCGCUGGACCACCGACGAGCAGCUGCUGGCCGUUCAAGGUGUCCGGAAGUAUGGCAAAGACUUUCAGGCCAUCGCCGACGUCAUCGGCAACAAAACGCUGGGGCAGGUGAAGAACUUUUUCGUCAACUACCGGCGGCGUUUCAAUCUGGAGGAGGUGCUUCAGGAGUGGGAGGCGGAGCAAGGGGACGCCGCCUCCGGGGAGGAGCUGAAGAACACGUCCGCCACGCCCUCCGGGAAGAGCACCGACGAGGAGGACGACGAGGCCGCCGCUUCGGGGGCGUCUCCGGCGGUGGCUUCGUCUCAGACGGGCGUGACGCCGAGCCCCGCCUCCUCGCUCCACCACCAGCCGCCGCCCCUGCUGCGGCCCUCGCUGCCGGCCACGCCAUCCCUGCAUCGCCAGCCGCCGCCCCUGCAGCAGCAGCCCCACCCGAGCUCGCAGCAGAGCCGGCUUGCCUUGCAGCAGCCGCCGCCCCUUAUCCGGCCCACCAACGCCCCGCCCCCUCGUCUCAACCCCCGCCCGUCCGGCCCCGCCGCUCCUCCGCAGCCUUCGGCCGACGCGGCCUCCUCGUCGUCGUGUCUCCAGUAAGGUGCGCCGAGGAGAGGCCGUCAAAAAAACGGCGUGUUGGCAACGGAACACUCGGGCCGGACCAAACACCUCGGUGGCACUCGAGUAAGCUAAGACGCUUGAAGGCGGCACAGUGAGCUGUCAAACACCCUUCGCAGUGACUGCUAUACGAGCGUGCGCCAGCGUGUGUAUCCGGAUCCAAGUAGAAGUGUGCGCGCGCGUCUGUGUGUGUAUAUACACAUAUGUGUGUGUGUGUAUAUAUAUAUAUAUAUAUAUAUAUAUAUAUAUAUAUAUAUAUAUACACACACACACACACAAAUGUGUGUGUGUAUAUAAAAGCUAUGUAUAUACAUGAAACUGUGUCUAUUUAUAUAUAUCCACCUACAUACAUAUAGAUGUUUGUGGGGAUAAUGUUUUGUAUGGAACAUCCAUCCAUCCAUCUUGUGUUCUCGUGGGCAUGCUGGAGCCUGUCCCAGCUGCCAGAGACCAAUAAUCAUCCGCGCCUCCAAGCAAUUUCGAGCGUUGAAUGGUUUUUGGGAUGUGGGAGGACCCGGAGAAAAGCCACCGCUUGUCGACAUGAGCGUUCUUGUGGCAGCAAUUGGUUUGGACAAGCAGUUGCUCGAUAGUGCCGCCCGGUGUUUUGAGUAAGAUUGCUUCACCAUGUUUGAAUUGGAGCUUUUGUUGCGUUUGCAUAUUGCUUGUCGAGCCCAUGGACGGACACUUGCCAAAGAAGGACACAAAGUUCACAUUAAAACAUGCCAUGGGCACGUUGGGCUCCAAAACUC